AUGGGCGACAGCUUGGUGCCGGCCGGCUGCUCCCCUGCACGGACGGAGGGCAAUGCGAAUCCUAACACCGUCUACAACCAGCUGCGGCUGGAAGAUGAGCUCUGCGACGUCACCAUCAGCGUGGACGGCGUGGAGCUCAGGGCUCACAAGAUCAUCCUCUGUGGCUGCAGCCACUAUUUCAGGUCCUUGUUUAGCAGCCAGUGGAGCGAGGUAGAGCAGAGAGUGUACAAAAUCACCAGCACUUCACCUGAAGCGAUGAGGCUCAUCAUUGAGUACGCGUACACCAGGAGAGUGCCCGUCACAGCUGCCAACGUCCAAAGUUUGCUGGUCGCCGCCGACCAGUUCAACGUCAUGAGCAUCACUGAGCUUUGCUGCGAGUUCUUAAAAUCCCAGCUGUGCUCGGAAAACUGCAUCAGGACCUGGGCACUCACGGAUACUUACUACUACCCCGACCUGCGACAAGCAGCCUACAUGUUCAUUCUCCAUCACUUUGAGGAGGUGACCAAGGUGUCUGCAGAGUUCGUAGAGCUCUCUGUCAACAGCCUAAAGGACAUGAUUGAGAAGGACGAGCUCAACGUGAAACGAGAAGACACCGUGUGCGAGGCUGUUCUCCAGUGGAUUGCCCACGACGCGCAGAACAGGAGGCAGCACGUUGCAGACCUGAUGGGCAAGGUUCGACUGGCGCUAACGCAAGCGGAAUACUUAAUGAACAUCAAAGCGCACGAUUACGUGCACGACAACGAGGAGUGCAAAGCUCUCCUCGUGGACGCGCAGACAGAAAUGUACCGCCUCAACAGGCACGGCCCGUCUCACUCCGAUUUCACCAACCCGCUCAGUCGGCCUCGCCUGCCCUACACCAUCCUGUUUGCCAUCGGCGGCUGGAGCGGGGAGAACCCAACCAACGCCAUUGAGACCUACGACGCCCGCGCAGACCAGUGGGUGAACGUCCCCUGCGAGGAAGAAGGUCCCUUUGCCUAUCACGGCACUGCUCACUUACAAGGCUUCAUCUACGUCAUCGGAGGGUUUGACGGCGUGGAAUAUUUCAGCAGCGUCAAGCGGUUUGACCCGCUUCGGAAGACAUGGCGGGAGGUUGCACCCAUGCACUCGCGGCGCUGCUUCAUCAGCAUCGCCGUUCUCAACGACCACAUCUACGCCAUAGGGGGGUUUGACGGAGAACUGCGCCUCGGCACAGCGGAACGAUACGAGCCAGCGACGAACCAGUGGACGCUGAUCGCCCCCAUGCACGAGCAGAGGAGCGACGCUAGCGCGACCACGCUGCACGAAAAGGUGUAUGUUUGUGGCGGGUUCAACGGAAACGAACGCUUGACCACAGCAGAAGUGUACGAUGCAACAACCAACCAAUGGACCUUUAUCGCCCCGAUGAGCAGCAGAAGAGGCGGAGUAGGGGUCAUCGCGUAUGGGGACGAAGUGUACGCGGUAGGAGGAUGCGAUGGAGUCAACCGGCUUCGGAGCGCGGAAGCUUAUAACCCCAUGACCAACACGUGGCGCGCCAUCUCCACCAUGUUCAGCCCUCGCAGCAACUUUGGCAUCGCGGUGCUGGAGGACCUCUUGUUCGUGGCUGGCGGCUACAACGGCCUGACUACUACCUUCAACGUUGAGUGCUAUGACAGAAACACCAACGAGUGGUACGACGUCUGUGACAUGGGCAUGCACCGCAGCGCCCUGAGCUGCUGUGUGGUGCCAGCUCUGUCUAACGUGCGGGAUUACGUUCCCAGAAGGAACGGCCACACAGAGAGCUCUUCAAAGGACACUUAA